GUCUCUCCUGGAUUUUUUGUCCUAAUGGGGAUUCCCGGUCUGGAAGCUGCCCACUUCUGGAUUGCCUUCCCCUUCUGUUCCAUGUACUUGGUCACCUUGCUGGGGAACUUCACCAUCCUCUUUGUGGUCAAGAGGGAGCCAAGCCUUCACUUGCCCAUGUACUAUUUCCUUUGCAUGCUGGCCAUCCUUGACUUGGUGCUGUCCACCUCCACUGUGCCCAAGAUCCUUGGCAUCUUCUGGUUCCACUCCCACACUAUUGGCUUCAAAGCCUGCAUCAUCCAGAUGUUCUUCAUCCAUGGUUUCUCAGCUGUGGAAUCCGGGGUGCUGCUCGCAAUGGCCUUUGACCGCUACAUGGCUAUCUGUGCCCCCCUACGCUACACCACCAUUCUCACCAGCUCCACCAUUGCCAAGAUUGGGUGUGCGGCCUUCAUGAGGGGCAUCGGCUUUAUGACGCCUUUGACUUGCAUGGUGAGCCAUCUGCCUUACCAUGGGCCCAAUGUCAUCGCCCAUUCCUAUUGCGAGCACAUGGCGGUGGUCAAGCUGGCCUGUGGAGAUACCGCACCCAACAACAUCUAUGGGAUCACUGCCGCUACCUUCGUGGUGGGCUCAGACUCAAUUCUAAUUGCCAUCUCCUAUGCACUUAUUCUUAGGGCAGUCAUGGGUCUCUCCUCUAAGGAGGCUCGACAGAAAUCCUUUGGAACUUGUGGCUCCCACAUCUGUGUCAUCCUGAUCUUCUACACCCUUGCCCUUUUCUCCUUUUACACACAACGCUGGGGGCACCAUAUCCCUGCACACAUCCACAUCUUAUUGGCUGACCUCUAUCUCCUGGUGCCCGCCAUGCUCAACCCCAUCAUCUACGGCAUGAAAACCAAGCAAAUCCGGGUGAAAGUACUGAAGCCAUUCUACCCCAAAGGGCUCCAAGCUGGGUCUUGGCUCAUAGAAUCGUAG